AGGUCUUAAAUUAGAAUCUUAAGUAUAUGAUGGGUAUGUGACUAUCAGGUAUUUCUCUUCUGUGAUCUUUCCAAUUGAGGAUGGAAACAAAGUUAACCAGAUAAUACGAAAUGACAAAAUUGCCUAUGUUCCCUUUAGCGGCGGCAACCAAUCUCAUCAAGUCCUACUGCGACAGCGGUCGACUCUCAGACGCCCGUCGGGUGUUCGACGAGCUGCCUGAACGCGAUGUCGUCGCAUGGACGGCUAUGAUCUGCGGCUACGCCUCAAACGCGCUGCCCGAAGAUGCUUGGGGUAUCUUCCGAGCCAUGGCCGCCGCCGGCGUCGACGCCAACGCCUUCACCCUUUCCAGUGUUCUCACGGCCUGCAGGGUAAUGGAAUUCGCCGAAUUCACAGCCUCAGUACAUGCUAUUGCCGUCCGGCGAGGCAUCGUUGGCCAGAUGCACGUCGAUAACGCGCUGGUCGACGCGUAUUCCGCCUUCCCCUGUGGCAUACAGGACGCACUCAAGGUGUUCGAUGGAAUCUCUCAAAGAAGUCCCGUAUCAUGGACUACGAUAAUCGCCGCCUAUGUCCGCCAUGGAAAUGGUGGCGCCGCUGUAAAGAUGUGCCGUCGAAUGUUCAAGGAGGGAGUUGAAUUAAAUCCUUUCACUCUAUCCAUCACUGUCCGAGCCAGCGCUGCAGUUGAGAGCCUUACAUUCGGCAGGCAAAUUCAUGCUGCCACUGUUAAAAUUGGGCAUGAAAGUAACCUGCACAUUUCGAAUGCAAUCACUGAUAUGUACUCAAGAUGCAAGAGCUUUUCAGAAGCCAGAAAAUACUUCAAUGAGAUGCCUCAAAAAGAUUUGAUCACUUGGAAUACAAUGAUAGCAGGUCUAGAUCGCGCCGGAUCCCUCGAUUCUUGCCGCCUGCUUCUCAACAUGUUUUCACAAUCUGUUCAGCCUAAUUUCUUCACUUUCACUACAAUCCUAUCAUCCUGUGCAAAACUUUCCAAAUUAAGCUUUGGUCACCAAAUCCACUGUGUUGUUCUGCACAGGGGCUUUGGAGAAAACCAGCAGAUAGCCAAUGCACUAGUUGACAUGUAUGCAAAAUGUGGCAGCUUAGCUGACUCACAAAAAGUUUUCAAUAAGAUGUGUUACAGAGAUUUGGUGUCCUGGACUUCAAUGAUAAGUGGAUAUGGAGUACAUGGCAAUGGUAAAGAGGCUGUGGAAUUGUUCAAUGAAAUGGUGAGCUAUGGGAUCCAACCUGAUUCAAUAUUGUUCAUGGGAGUAAUAAAUGCUUGUAGCCAUGCUGGUAUGGUAGAAGAAGGUUUGAAGUUCUUCAAUUUGAUGGAAAGAGUAUAUGGUGUUCGGCCAGAUAAGGAGGUGUAUGGUUGCGCGAUCGAUCUCCUUGGCCGGAGCGGGAGGCUAGGAGAGGCUUCGGAGUUGAUAGAGAAGAUGCCUUUUGAGCCUGAUGAGUCUUUAUGGGGUGCACUUCUUGGAGCUUGCAAGAUGCAUGGUAAUGCAAAAUUGGGAAGAGUUGCUGCGCAGAAGAUACUAAAUUUGAAACCUAAGGGUGCAAAGACUUAUGUAAUUUUGUCAAAUAUUUAUGCUGCUGAGAGUGAAUGGGGUUCGUUUGCUGAGAUAAGGAAGCUUAUGAGAGGAGUGGGUGGUAAGAAGGAGGUAGGAAUGAGUUGGAUUGAGGUAAGAGAAGAAGUCUACAGCUUUGUGGCAGGUGAUGAAAGCAAUCCAUGUGUGUGUUUGGCUUCUGAAGUUUUGGCGAUGCUUAUUUGUCACAUGGAUAGAGAGAUAUUUGGCUCAUAAGUUUUUACAACUCUUCAUAUCCAUGAGUUUUACAGACGCUAUGAAAUUAAACAAUCUUCAGUUACUUCGAGAUCUGCGGCGAUAAUGUCAAGCUUAAUGGAAAAUUCUGCAGGGGAACGAGGAAGCUUAUGAGGUGUGGGUGAUAAGAAAAUAUAGGAAUGAGUUGGAUUGAGAUCACAUCAAUAAGCUAGAUGCUCUUGAUUAAGUCAAACAACAGGGCGAACGAUUCAAUCGGGCUUGCUCUACAUGGCAUCAACAAUUAUAUGAGCUAAAAGGUUACAGGGUGGUUACAGUGCAUUGCUUAAGGGCACCUCCAACCAAAAAUCUCAUUUUCCACUCCAAAAUACAGUGAAAUUAAAAAAUGGCGUGAGUCAUCUCCAAUCGAACUCCAUUUUGCGCCCAGGGUGUCUUCCACCCCCAUAAUAUAUGCGAUAGCCAGCAACAAGAGAUGAUAACUGGCUUCCAGAGUCCGUCAUGGCAAAUGCAUCAGCAGCAGAACAUACAAUGAAGUCUAGGGCAGCUAACUGCAGAAAAGAGUUAAGAGAAUUCAAGGGACUUGAUAGUUUAUUGCCAUUAGUUUAAAUAAUUGUUGUUGUAUAUUAGGCUUAAAGAACAAGUGAUUUAAAUCAGGAGGCUUUGCAUACAUACCAUAAAAUUCUUACAUAUUUAUAUAUACUAUACUAAAAUCUUUAUAUUUACUUAUAUAACACUUUCAUAUCUAAAUCAUAUCAUAACAUAUACAUGAAAAAAUAUAUUUUAUUUUGAAAAAGUUAAUAUUAGUAAUAUUUUUUAUGUGAUAUAAAAAUUAGUGUUUAAUAAAAAAAAAUAAAGAUGUAAAUGUAACAUAAGAAUUCUAUAUAAGGUAAGAAAUGCAAAUACAUAAGAAUUCUAGAAGUUAAGGGACUAGAUAGUUCAUUGCUAUUAGUUUAAAAUAAUUGCUGUGGUAUAUUGGGUUUAAAGAACAAAUGAUUUAAAUUAUAUUUAUAAUGCCAAAAAUUAACAGCCUACUCAGAAAAAAAUUGUAUUGGGAUAUUCAUCUUGAUCAAAUUAGUUAAAACCCAUCCGAUCAAACAGGGAUUUUUUAUGAGCACAACAAGUUAUAAAUUGGAUGAAUAUGCCACUUAAUAAACAAAAAAUUACCCUCACAUCUCAAAAUUGGGUUGAAAUUAGUUUAAAAUAUGUAUAUAUGACAAGACACAUGAUGGUGACAAUAACGAUGACAAUGUGACAGAUUUGUGAUUAGUUAAAGUCAUUCUAAUAACUAUGCUACAGUUAAUUCGUCUUGUUCUUCAAGCUUAUAGAUUACAUAAAUUAGAAAGUUUAUUAAAAACAAAUAAAGCACCCUAUAGUUUUCCCUUUUGGUAGAAACAAAAAGAUUUUACUAAGUUUGAAAAUUACACAAGUCGCCUUUUAUAUAUAAGGAUAUUUUAUUUAACUAAUGUUCAAAUUUUUAUGAACUUUCUUCCAAAUCUAAUGUCCCCUCUUAAUUUGGUAGGCUAUUGGCACCAAUUAUUAAUGCUUGGAUAGUCAUAAACCAAGCAAACGAGUCAGGUUUGUUUGUAUAACAGAGAGGAUUACAACCCGUUCAGUGAUGCUCAGAUUGCCAUAAAAUCAAGAUUUAUAGCUUAAGUUGCUAUAACGCCAAGGCAAUGAUCUAAAAUUGAUUACAACCUACGUAGUAUACUAAGGUUGGAACAAGCUAAAUGUCUGGGUUGCAAGUAAUCAGAGAAUAUGCCUAGGUGAAUCUAUUCUAAUAGCCUUUAUUUAAAAAGAGGAUAAAGCAUUUUGUUCAACAUAAUGAGAGCAUUGAGUUUAGACCCACAGUGAAUAAUUAAAAAUAUAUAUUAAUAGUUGCCCCUCAUAACGAGAUUAAACUUUCGGGUUGAAAAUAUAUUUAACCAUUAGUCUAUUGAUUCAACUUUAGUCUAAUUUGAUUCUCACACUAACCAUUAUUAGACCAUCUUCAAUCGAACUCCAUACCACUGUAUGCCUUCCACCAUUUGCUCCAUUAGAACUCCAAAUUGCAAGCAAAAUUCCGGCAGGUGAACAGUGCGAUGCCAAUAUUGACAUCAGGUUGUUCACCUACGCCAAAAAAAUUCACUGCGGGAUUUGCUGAAGAAGAGCGCGAAAGAGGAGACAAGCACACCAAAGAUGGUUACCUUCGCAGGAAACAAGCAAAAGAAGAAGAAAUGACAUUUGAUUGGAGAAGAAUGACUGCAUUUUGAAGUUUUAAUGCAUUUACAGUGGAAAAUGGGUUUUUCGGUUGGUGAUGCCCUUAAAACUAAUGAUUUGGGGGAUCUUAGUCAUACGUAAGCAAUAUUUAAGAACAAAUGACUCCCAUAUUACAACCACUUAAAGUAUGUUCUCGGUGUCUUAACACUUAAUACUUCUAAAAAACUCUCAUUCAAAAGGGAAUCAAAGUUGAUGUUUA